CUUUCCACAGCACUGGGGUUUGGCUCCUGUUUGUUUAAAACCUGGUACUUCAAUAAAACCUCCCUACGAUAAAUCAUCCAACAUGAAAAUUCUUGCUCUCCUCUCCAAGCAUCUUGCCUUCUGCUGGGCUGGAUUAGGCUGUUCAGAUACUUGGAAUCUGACUUGCCAUUCCUCCUUCACUGAUCUUUUGCUCCAAGAUUUUAACCCUGUCUAGCCCUUAAGAAUGAAUGUAGCUGGUGUGGCAGGGUGAGGCCAGAGGACUCCUGCAGAGUGGGGGAAAGGCAGCCCAAAAAUGGGGAGAGACCUGCUAAAUAGAAGCAGAGGGCAGCAGGGCGAUUAGAAGUAGCUGGGAGGGAGCUGGCGCAGGCAGAUUGGGGCCAGCUGACUCCACCGCUGGCUUGCUGAAGGCCUUUAAAAGCCUCCCCAGUUGGAAGGUGGAAGGGAGAGUGAGAGGACGGGAGGGGAGGUAUAGGGGAGACAGAGCAGGAGAGCAAAAGUUUGAGAGUGAGUCAUAGCGGCUUCAGCGCAGAAAGAGCAGGGGAGGGAGUCCCAGGAGGAAUGGCUGGGCUCCCUACCACAGAGCCCUGCUGCAAGCCCCAACCCCUGGGGAGAAGGGCGAGAUACUGGCCCAAGCAGUGGCCUGGGUAAGAGGGGCCCUUGCCACAUGUGGUGUCAGGAGUGGGAUGCUGCUGAGAGGCCUCACAGUGACCCUAAAACCGGUUAACUUGACCCCUCUUAAAGGAGAAGUACAUAUGGAGGCACUGGUGCAGGCCACCGUGGCCCAGCAAGAAGCUACCUGGGUGCAGGUGGCUGCCCAGCAAGAAUCGGUGCAACUCCAGCAGGAAACAAACCAGCUCCCGAUGAGCCAGGCUGCUCAGGACCGAGCCACCCUGCAGGAGGGGGCAAAUCUGCCUCUGGGCAGCCAGGACCUUCAGCUGAGUCAAGAUAGGACGUGGCCAUUACGCACCAGUUGUUCCUUACAGAAGAUGACGGGACAAUGAUGUGGGGGCCUCUCUUUUGGCCUUUGAAAGGACAGCCUUGCGGGAGGCCUGGCCCCAAGCUGAGCAUUUUAGCCCCUUUCCUGAGUGGGGAAGCCCCGAGGUGCAUUUUGACGUGGCUGAGGAAGCAGCUUCCAAUUACUCCCAGGUGAAGGCUGAGAUUCUGGCAUGGGCAGGGGUCAGGGCAGCUGUGAGAGCCCAAAGAUUCCACGAAUGGAAAUAUCGGGAAGACAGAACCCCCCGAACCCAAUUAUUUGUUGUGGUCCAUCUGGCCCGGAAAUGGUUACAGCCCGAAAUCCACAGCCCAGAGAAGAUCGCAUCGUCGUCCUUGACAGGGUUGGGAUACCCAAAGAAAUCCUAACGGAUCAAGGGCCCCCCUUUGUGUCCAAGCUCGUGAAGGACUUACGUACCCUGCUCCACAUACAGGCCCUGAGGACGUCUGUCUGUCAUCCCCAAACUGAUGGCCUCAUCGAGUGGUUUAACAGGACUCUGAAAAAUAUGCUCCAGGAAGUGGUAAACCGGGACAGCAAAGACUGGGAUACUCUGCUGCCAUUUCUCAGGUUUGCCGUAAGGGAAGUCCCUCAAGCGUCUACUGGAUUCUUUCUGGUGGAGCUUUUGUAUGGGAGUAACCCACAGGGUAUUCUGGACCUCGCCGAAGAGGUGUGGGAGGAGCAGCCCAACCCAAGGAAGAGCAUCAUUGAUCAUGUGCUCCAGAGGAGGGACAGGACAGCCAGAGUCACCCCCGUAGUGCGAGAACAUUUAGAGAAGGCGCAGGAGGUCCAACAGGCCUAUUACAACUGUCAAGCGACUCCCCGAAAGUUCCAAGUGGGAGACUGGGUGACGGUGUUGGUGCCAACGGCCGAGAGUAAACGCCUAGCCAGGUGGCAGGGGCCAUAUGAAGUGAUACAAGCCGCUGGCAAGGUGGAUGACAAGGUUCGCCAGCCUGACAAGCGGAAGCCGGAGCAAAUAUGUCAUCUCAAUUUGUUGAAACCCUGGCAAGACAGAGAAGUGCAAUUGGUUGCUCUGGGAGCACCACCCCAAGAGGAGAACUCACAAAGGCAGCUGGGGAUUUCCCCUGAAUUGACCCUGGACCAACGGGCAGAAGUAACUGAUAUGAUUGAGAGAAAUCAUGAUGUGUGUUCUGCAGAGCCUGGGAAAACAACUGAGACAUCGUCACCAAUCCAGGAGUGAAGGUGAACAGUAAGCCCUACCGAAUACCCGAGGCAAAGCGAGGGGAGCUCCAAGUUGAGGUUAAGAAAAUGCUGGAACUCAGAGCCAUUGAGGAGUCAUGUAGCCAGUGGUCCAGUCCUAUUGCUUUGGUGCCCAAGCCCGAUGGAAGCCUACGGUUUUGCAGUGACUUCCGAAAGUUGACCGAGGUGUCCAGAUGUGAUGCCUACCCUAUGCCAUGGGUAGAUGAGCUAAUCAACUAACUGGGGAAGGCCCCAUCUCUGUCCACCCUUGACUUGACCAAGGGCUACUGGCAGAUCCCUUUGGCCCCAGAAGCCAAAGGAAAGACGGCCUUUUCAACUCCAGAGGGCCUCUUCCUGUAUACGGUCUUCCCCUUUGACCUGCAUGGGGCCCCCGCAACACUCCAAAGGCUUACGGACAAGCUAUUACGCCCGCAUGCCAAGUAUGCGGCCACCUAUUUAGAUGAUGUUGUUGUCCACAGCCCAGAUCGGGAUACACACCUGGAGAAGGUGGAGGCUGUGUUGGAGACCCUGAGGAGAGCCGGCCUUACGGCAGAUCCCACUAAGCAUGCGAUUGAGCUAGCCGAAGCUAAAUACCAUGAAUAUAUUGUAGGAAGGGGCAUAGUGAGGCUCCAACUCAACAAAGUGGAAGCAAUGCGAAUUGGCUGCAACCAACCAGGAAGAAGCAGGUCAGGGCAUUUCUAGGACUGGUUGGAUAUUUCUGCGGGUUCAUUCGCCACUUCGCUUCCAGGGCUUACCCCUUCGCUGACCUGACCAGAGUCUGCGGCCCCGACAGCGUAAAAUGGACCACUGCAGCGGAAGAAGCUUUUACGGAUCUGUAGUGACCCAGUCCUCCGAGCCCCUGCUUUUAAAAAGGCGUUUAUCCUGCAGCCUGAUGCCUCGGAAGUGGGGUUAGGAGCAGUGUUGUUACAAAUGGUUGGGGAGGAAGAACGUCCGGUCUUAUACCUCAACAGCCAGCUCCUGCUGAGGGAAGAAGAGUGUCGUAGCAGAGAGGGAAUGCCUUGCAGUAGCAUGGGCUGUGGAAAGCCUACGCUACCACCUGCUCCGGCGAAGGUUUACCCUGGUCACUGAUCAUGCACCCCUGCGAUGGAUGCACCGGAACAAGGACAGGAACGCGAGGGUAAGCAGGUGGUUCCUGUCCCUGCAGCCCUCCUUCUUCUGGGUGCAACAUAGAUGGGGAGCCCAGCAUGGAAACGCAGACAACUUGUCAAGGGUGCACUGUUUCCCGACGCAAGUAGCCCAACCCCGUGGUGUUGAGCAGGGGCGGGGGAGGUGUGGCAGGGUCAGGCCAGAGGGCUCCUGUAGAGCAGGGGAAGGGCAGCCCCAAAAGGGGGAAAGACCUGCGAAAUAGGAGCAGAGGCCAGCAGGGCGAUUAGAAGCAGCGGGGAGGGAGCUGGCGCAGGCAGAUUGGGGCCAGCUGACUCCACCGCCGGCUUGCUGAAGGCCUUUAAAAGCCUCCCCCGUUGGAAGGUGGAGGGGAGAGUGAGAGGACGGGAGGGGAGGCAUGGGGGAGACUGAGAGCAGGAGAGCAAACGUUUGCGAGUGAGUCCUCGCAAAGAGCAGGGGAGGGAGUCCCAGGAGGAAUGGCUGGGCUCCCUACCACAGAGCCCUGCUGCAAGCCCCAGCCCGCGGGGAAAGGGGGAGAGACUGGCCCAAGCAGUGGCCUGGGUAAGAGGGGCCCUUGCCACACUGGCCAGAAUUAUAAAUUGUAGCGGACGCUUGUGAGUAUUAGACUCCAGGGGUGAAAGGAGAGUAAAGUGCAUCCCAAAGCCAGGGAUGGGGAGCCUACAGCCGGCAGACUGGAUCCAGGCUCAGGCUUGCCUGGAUCUGGCCCGCAUGAGGCUUGGGGCUUUCCCCCGUAGCGGGGCGAACCAGCACUGGCCCUCCAGCCCUGUAGCGAAGCCUAAGCCUCAGAGAUCGUGCUGACUCCCUGCCGCAGAUGGAAGCAGCGGGGAGCUGGCGUUAAAGCCCCUAUGGGGAUGCUCUGUCCCUGUGCUCGCCUGCAGGCUCCACCCCCGCCGCCGAGAAUCGUGGCCAAUGGGAGCAACAGGCGGCAGUGCCUGCAAGCGCAGGGAGGUGAGGAGCCAUCUGUCCCCCCCCCCCAAAUGGUAGCAGCUCCCAAUCCCCUGCUCCCUCCCGCACCCCAACCCCAAUCCUACACCCUCCCUGCCUCCUACCCCCUGAGCCCAGGUGCUUGUGGUAUUGCUCAGGAGCAGGGUCGGGGAAAAACGUGGCCUGCAGGCCGGAUCCAGCCCACCACGCCACUGGAUCUGGCCCACGGGUGCAGGAGGAGGCUUUCUGCCUGCCCCACCCCUACAUGCUGCUCAGAAAAGCCUGCUACAGGGCUCUGUUUUGUCUGUGGACAGCUGGGAGUCCAGGGGAGGGAGGACAGGCCCUGUCCAUGGCGGGCACCCUGCAGGAGGGGAGCUGAUUCUAUUUGCAGGCACACCGUUUGGGGCGAUGCUCACCUAGUAACGGUUCACAUCCCUAGCAGUCAUCAGUGGCACAUGAAUACGUGGCUGCCUCGCUGGUGUCCCAGUGUAAAGGGACAGAGCGUGGAAGGAAAUGAAAGGACGUUUACUUGGCGUUGCUGGGGGGGUGGAUGGAUAUUUACUAGACUUUCCAAGGCCUGGUUUGUUGUUGGUUUUUUACCGGGGCAGUGACCAGGGCCCCGUUGCGCUAGGUGCGGUACAAACAAAGAACGCAGAGGCUCCUCGCCCCCAAGAGCUGCCAGUCAUAAAUCAAGUCUGCUGAGCAUCACUCUGAACGGGGUUUUAUUCGCUGAUUUUACUAGGGAUGUUGAAAUGAGGUUAAUUGACUAGUCCUUAGGCACUUCCGCAUUCCUCCUUUGAAAUGUA